GUUCAGUAUUUGGUCCCAGAAAACUUAAUACUGUGGCCCAUUUUAAUCUCAGACCACAAGAGGGCAUUGUAAGAUAUGAAGAGAUGGGAAAACAUGCUCAUGUAAGACAUUCUUUCAAUCAAUAAAUAUUAGUUUCUUGUAAAGUUUUUUUUUUUUUCAAAUGGCCAACCAAUUCCAGCUGUAGCUAAUUACCAUGACACAAAAUAAUCAUUCAGUAAUUUAAGCAACAGUCAACUAGUUUUGCUUUUAUUAACUCUUACAAAUGACUCCAAAAUCCUGUAACGUUCUGAUUCAACUUUAAUUCUAAACUUCCACUUUGAAGUUCCUAAUAAAUCUAUUAACGUCAAUGUCAAUAACACAUUCAAGAUACUAGUGGUCUUGAGUCUGCUGUUGUCAUAGUUACAUGCAAUGUAAACCGGUUGCAUACAUGUAGCCCGCAUAAAGAGAGUUCACCCUGCAGCCCUCUUAGUGUGGGAGCAGCGUGUGGACUCAGGCUGCAAAGCCUCCGGCUGCUUCCUCAUGACAUCACAUGGUUGCAGAGUGACUUCUCUAGCAUUCAUCUGUGAGGCAAGACUUCCUAAACACAGAGUGCCCUCACUGCUCUGUUGAUACUGAGAGCGGAAAAAGGCUUCAGUUUCUUCUGCGUAUCAUUUGUAAAAGGAGCCUGCAACCUGUUUUGAGUACAUGUAUAAGCCACAAAGUUAUUAGCAGUCUCAUAAUCUGAUGCAACUUCCUGUCUCCGUCGUGAUGGCGACUAUAAGAGCCCCAGAGCACCGGAUACAGGGCCAGUGAGGAGGCCUGAUGUCUGAUUUCACUCCUGACUGCCAUUGAAAUACAUUUCACUUACACGCCGUGCUGCUCAAGUGUCCUUAAAGAGUCCCAGACAUGGAGGGGGAAGGCAGGGUGAAUGGCUUUGGACUGAAGCCAGGGAGGAGGGCCUCAGACUGGGGUCGAAUCACCCUGCUGGACAAGACCAAGGAGUUCUUCCGGACCUGCGAUGUGGAGGGCAAAGGCUUCAUCACCCGCACCGAUAUGAGGAGGCUUCACAGAGAGCUGCCCCUGUCUGCAGAGGAGCUGGAGGAUGUGUUUGACUCUCUGGAUACAGAUCACACUGGUUACCUCACACUGGAGGCAUUCUCCUCUGGAUUCAGUCAGUUCCUGCAUGGCCGAAGGAUCUCUGUGACUGAUGACCAAAAUCAGGCCCCCAGCCCUGUCUUUAGGGCCAAGGAAGCCCUUUAUCAGAGCCAAUGGGAAGCCAAGCUGUCAGGAGUUGAAGACGAGGAAGAGGGGCACUUCUGUAUGCUGCUUGAAAGCCUGGGGGCCAGUAAUGUGUUUGAGGAUCCAGGCGAGGUGCGCAGUCUUUGGGCCCAGCUCAGGCGAGAUGAGCCUCACCUCCUGUCCAAUUUUGAGGAGUUUCUGGCCAGGGUCACCCAACAGAUCAAAGAGGCCCACCAGGAGAAGAAGGAGAUGGAGAGUGCCCUCCAGAGGAAGGCUGCAACACAUGAUAGUGAGAUCCGUCAUUUAUAUGAAGAGAUGGAGGCGCAGAUCAAAAAUGAGAAAGACAGGCUGCUACUAAAGGACUCUGGGCGUCUGCAGAUGCGCAGCCAGGACCUGGAGCACCAACUGUUUUCAAAGGAGAAAGAGCUGGAACAUCUUUUCCAGAAGCAGAAAAGGUUAGAACUCCAGUGCAGUGAGCUGAGCAGUGAGAAACAGGAGAGCCACGUGGAGAACGUCAAGCUGAAGAUGACCAACGACGAGCUGUCCCGGGCGCUGGAGAGCACCAGCCAGGAGCUGGCGCUGGCCCAGGAGCAGCUGGCCAUGCUGCAGGAGCAGGCUGCCCGGCUGCACCAGGAGAAAGAGAUGGAAAUGUACAGAGUGACAGAGGGACUGCAGAGAGAGAAGCAAAGUCUCAUGAAGCAGCUUGACCUCCUCAGAGAGAUGAACAAACAUUUAAAAGAUGAGCGAGACAUAUGCUGCGGUGUACCUCGAACCUCACUCAGAAAGAAGCAGAAGCAGAGAGCUGGCCUCGCCAAUAUAUUUGAUGACACCAGCCAGCCGGCCAAAAGAGCCCCACUGUUGGUGGACGGGUCCUACCAGUCUCUGGAGGCCUUGCCAAUAGAGCACCUUCAAAUCGUGUUUGUUGCUUCCUCCUCCUGUAGUGAGGAUGACACCACCACCACCCCGUCCUCCACAACCACUGUUAGCGCCCCCGCAUGUCAACAACGGCCCACAGCAAAGAAAAACUCCGGCUUAGCCAAUGGUUACGCCAACCCCGCUCCACCCAAAGUGCACGAUGUGAAGGCAAAGACCAAAAAAUCACCCGGCAAGAUGGCCACCGCUAAGAGGGUAACAGGGAAAGACAGAGAAAGAGCAAAGAAAGUGGAAAUUGAGAAGAAGAGAGGGGUAGAAGAGGAGGUCUUGGACGCCCCUCUGGACGGAUGGCCCCUCCGUCGAGUCAUCUCCAUCGAGGAGGACCACCUGCCCCACCUGCUCCAAGGAGGGCCUCAACCUUUACUGCACCAGCUCAGUGAGGAGGAAGACGAAGAGGAAGACGAGGUGGACGAUGAGGAAGAAGAGGAAGCUCAGAGUGACAUUGAAACAAGUGUUGUAGCAGACCUCUCUGCCGCCCCACCCUCUAGUCACCCUGUGGUCCCUUUGUCAGCAGAAGCUCCUCCAGCAAGGAAAUCCCGCUUCACCCGCACGAAAAAGACGCCCGUGUCUCCAAGAGGACAGCCUGUCGGGAAGGAGACCCAGCAAAAGGCAAAAGAAGGAGCACUGUUAGCCCCAGACCGCCUGUUUAAAGUAGUCCUGGUUGGCAACUCGAGUGUAGGCAAGACAUCUCUUCUACGCUCCUUCUGUGAGGGCCGUUUCCACCCUUCUACAACUGCUACUGUGGGUAUUGACUACAGUGUGAAGACACUAACCCUGGACAAUAUGCAGGUAGCCAUGCAGCUUUGGGACACAGCAGGUCAAGAGAGGUACCGCAGCAUAACCAAGCAGUUCUUUCGCAAAGCAGACGGUGUGGUGGUGAUGUACGACGUCACAGUGGAGGAGAGCUUCAAGGCUGUGCAACCCUGGCUCACCAAUGUCCAGGAUGCAGCAGGAGAAGGAAUCCCUGUCCUCCUUUUGGGCAACAAAAUGGACAUGGAUGGAGACAGGGAGGUAUCGUUCAAAGAGGCUGAGCAACUGGCUUAUGAAAACAAGGUGAUGUUCUUUGAGGUCAGUGCUUACACUGCCAAGAAUGUGACAGAGUCCCUGACACACCUGGCCAGAGUGUUAAUGGAGCAGGAGGACAGGGUGAGAGACACAACAGUCAUCCUCAAUGCUCAGCCCAUAAAGAAGAAAGCCUGCUGCAAGUGAAGUGUAUACUCAAUUUACUGAGUUAUUUUUGGACAUUGGAUUUCCAGUGUUUUAAGACAAUGCAAAGAAAUCAUUCUUGGACCUUAGCAUAGAAUGAAAUUGUGUCUUAAACAAGUCUUCAUUUUGACCCAGAAAUCAAGUCGACAUGAAGGAGUGUGUUGCCCAUGUGAACGUGAAACCUACUGUUAAGCUUAAAUGAUGAGGCUCAGAGGAAGAGCUUGUCUAAAGUAACAAAAUAAGGUGCUGCAUCAUUUCCUGUAAAUAAUGUUGCCAAAUCAGAGUAGUGCUGCAUGUAAGAUUUAAAAUAGAAACAUAUUCUGUAUUAUAAUUGCUUUCGAUACAAAAUCAUAAGGAAAAAUGAUAAAUAUACUGUAGCUUUUUCAUAACUGAAUGUUAGCUUUCCAGUCUUAAUUUCUCUGUAUUUGUCUGGCGUAGCAUAUGUUAAUGUAGUUAUAUAUUAUGUUGAAGCUAAAACUGAAAUAAAUUAUUUGGAAUUCAUUAAAAUUAAAUGAAAAUCAUGUAAGAAAAAUCUGA